GCUCCACCAGCUGGUGCCCCGAGGUGCAUGCUGGGUGCAGCAGACGGUAAUUUACGACCCGGUGACCCCGGCCGACAACACGGGGAAGUCGUGCGGGGAGAGAGAGUCCCGCUGCCCGUGCACUUCAGGAGGCUCCCCUGCCGCGAUAAACCUUCGCCGAGCUCACAAACAUUUCCGGCAGCGUUUCGUGUGGUGGUGGUUUACUGGGAUGUGUGAACGUGUCCGCGGAAUGCGGUUGUCAGUGAUUUGGUGAAGCGAGGGGGAUCGCUGCUGUCAACAUGAUGAUGGCGGGUGCAGCGCCGCGCACAGCUGGCGGGGCCACGGCCACAUCUGGCCCGGCGGCGGCGCCCGACCAACAUGGCUCCGUCUGCUUCGUGUGUGGCAGCGGCGGCGCCAGCUACGAGCUCCGAUCCCGCCCGGGGGCUGACAGCGCCGUGCCGUACUUCCCCUUCCUGGAGUAUCACGAGGCCCCUCCCGGGGGCCGAUCCCUGGCCACCGACGGCUCGGCCGACGUCUGUUUCGUCUGCUACUCCUUCCUGUCCGAGCAGUGGAAUUCCUUCGAGCGGAUGCGAACGCCACUCGCCAAACGGCUCUACUGGCUGAAGAGGCCCCCAGGGUGCGGGUACAGGAGCGGUCACGACGUCUGUCACGACGCUCAACUUCGGUUUCAGCAGGAGGAACUUCUGAAACUCAGCGGUCAGGACGCUGGCGAUGUGGGCGGGGACGCGUACGACUGGCCCGGGUAUGCCGCCGCCGCCGGCGACGACGCCAGGAGCAGAGAUACCACAGUUACAAACGAAAGGACGUCAACUCUGAGAUUAUGUUACGUCUGCGGCGCUAAGAAAGACAGGAGACACCUCCUCAGCGCUCACACGCGCCCCCAGCAUAACCCGAAGUCACCGUUCUACCCGUGUCUCAGCCGACAUGCCCCGCCCCCCGGGGCACCCCCAGCGGACCAGGACGGCACGGUCAUGAUUUGCGAGGGCUGCGAGAAGUUCUUGUUCAGGCAGUGGCAGGCCUUCCAGAGGAACAACAUUCCAGUCAUGGAGAGACAGUACCAGCUGCUCUCCGAGGUGGACGCGGUGUCCCACAAGGCAAGGUCUUCGGACCGCCACAGCACCACAAACACACAGCAGGACAGGAACCCUGGAGGAGAAGAGGAAGAUGGCAUGAUGAGAUGUUACACCUGCGGAGUGACGCAGCCAUUCAGCUCAGGCAGGUUUGUCUACUCCAGGAAACACUCUGAAGGUGGCGCAUACUUUCCCUUCCUGGAAGAGUUCACCCCACCCAAAGGUGCGAUGUCGCUGACGGCACAUGGCGUGACCAGGGUGUGUCACGCCUGCCGUAAAUCCUUGGACAGGCAGUGGAAAUCCUUUGAAGCGUCGUCAACACCCGAGGGGCAACGUGUGUACAGGAUACACAAGGAGGGUGCACAAAAGCCGCCGCCUUCCCCAUCACGAUCUCAAUUGCAGCCAAAAUCGACUGCUUCGAAACCUCAGGGUUGUUACCUGUGUGGUAGCAUUCUUCCACUCUCAGGUGGUAACGUUGUCAACUCCAAACCGCCAUCAGAUGAGGACGAGGAUGAUCGAAAUGAGAGGUACUUUCCCUUCCUUGUUGAUUACCCCCAGGCAAGUAAUGCCCACCCCCUGAGACAGGAUGGUACAGCCCAGGUGUGUGACACCUGUCAAUCAUGGCUGGACCAACAGUGGCACAUCUUACAAAUCAGAGGCGUCCCACCUAGCCAGAUAGGUGGUUUUAUAAGUAACUUUAUGGUGCUGCCAAGUACGUCAAGAUUGAGGGAAGAAAUUGACGAUACCCCUAAAAGGUCAUCACCUGCAUCAAAUGAUAGCAAAGAGGGAACACUAGAAGAGGUGAGGAAAAACUGCUUUAUUUGUGGCAAAAGUGUAAGCAAAAGGGGUAAACAAACAUUGUACACUUACCCAAGGACGAGGGACGGAGGGUCAGACAGAGGCCCUUUCUUCCCCUUCCUGGCCACCUGUAACCCGGCACCUGGAGCUGAGCCGGUCCGCUCCAACGGCUCCGUGACCGCCUGCAAGUUCUGCCACUACAACCUGCUGCAACAGUGGAACGAUUACGAGAACUCCCCCGAGAGUGCCGGCGAGUCCAACCGGUGGCUGCGGCCGUACCACACGCGAGAUUUCGUGUGCUACCGGUGCGGGGAACUCCAUCCCUUCGCGGUGGCGAAAAAAGUUUUAGUGAAAUAUUCUCCCUUUCUCACCGACCACCCCAGACCGAAGGGGUCCCUAGCGCUGGAGGGAGGCAGCAGUGUACUGGUGUGCCCAGGAUGUCAUGAACUCAUGAAAAGUGCUGAAAAGACUGACUUUACACCUUCAGUUAUUAGGGGACCAACCAUCGACGAACACAAGAAGUUGCAGCUGUCAUCUCGGAGGAAGGCAGAGCCGGUGAUCGUGAUUGAUGGUAGCGACAGCGAGACGGAGUCAGCACGAAGCUCUGGUAGCCGCGGGACCGUCGCGCCGACGCAUGUAUCCUCUCCUGGGUCUCAGUCGGGAGGGGGUGCGUCCGACACAGGCCUAAAGCCGCCCCCACUGACCAUGGUAGCAACGCCUACUCAUCCAACGUCGAGUGUUUCUCCACUUCACCAACGGUCGCUAGGUGGCGCCCCUUCCGUUACCGCAGGCAGCUCUUCUCACAAUGGUGGUGCUUCCAGCUUUGCCGCUGCACUAAGGAAGCUCGCCAAACAAGCCACUGAUACUCCAGCUCCUGGGUCUGUUCCCGAGCACGUUCCCUCUCCCCCGCGCGUCGGAAGUCACAGUCCGGCCGCAGCGAAACCGCCGAGUCGUCAGGGAUCGUCCUCUCUGACUGGACACCAGUCCUCGUCACCCAGACUUGGAGCAGCCCUGUCUUAUAGCAACACAGGAGAGAGAAGAAAGAGUACUGAAAGGCCACCGUCCAGGGAACGAAGUAGCCAUUCAAGCAAGUCCUCGGAUUCCAACCACCUACCCACGGUCAAGACUGAAAAAGUGACCCCAGGGCCCUCGGCUGGACAGCAGAGAACCACCCCAGCAAGCCAGUCCUCCGAUCUAGGAGUACCACACAGCAGGCCAAUUCCUCACCACAUCGGGCUCGAGGAGAUGUCCAACCACACGUCGUCUAGCCCGCGGGGGUUCCAGCCCUACCGGCCUGAGGACAUCAGGCACGCCAUGCCCAUCCCCUUCGGCUUCGACAUGGCCUCGGCACCAACCUACCACUCCUCCCCGUACCACCCAGCGCUGUUCGCUGGAGCGCCAUUCCCCCACCCGGCAUUCAGACUUGAGGACCACUAUGAGCAGUACCGUCUGGCCGGCCUGAGAGCUCCCUUCCUGCCGGUCCCCCCUCCCCACAGUGCCUUCUUACCUGGCCACCCCCCUCCCGGCCUGCCCAUCUCCAUGCAUGGCAUACGGUACCCUCCCCACGAGAUGAUCGCCCCCUACCUGCACGGCUCGCCCAGGCACCCUGCUGUGGGGAGCGACAGGUCUGCUGCUGAACAGGAGUCCAGGGAACGUAGCCAAAACAAUCACGACCAGGAUCACCAGGACAAAGACAAAGACAGGGAGAGACAAGAAAGGAGUCGGGACAAGGAACGACCUCAGGACGAACCAAAGAACUUGUCUGUCGCUUCCAACGGUGUGGCGGAGAAAGAGACGAAAGAUGCGAUAUUGGCGAAGGACCGGGAGCGGUCUCGGACGGAAAGCCGCGACAAGCAGUCUCCGAGAAUGUCGCAUUUUCCUGGACUUCACUCGGUGCAAAAUGGAGAUAUAAGCUCCUCCAGACUACACGACAUGUCGUCGUCCCCCACGCCGGGUCAGCUGAGUAAUGGGGACCGGUCGCGGGUGCUCCUCCAGACUACACGACAUGUCAUCAUCCCCCACACCAGGCCAGCUGAGUAA